AUGCCUCACGCCGAGUAUCUGAACUCACCGCUGACAAUCGUUCCAGUGGAAUCGCCAAUAUCGAGAACCCAGACUCCGUUCGGUCUCGAUGGAUAUUUCCCACAGCUAGAGAAAAAUCGGUCGUACGUGCAACACAAUGGCGCCGCGACCCCUGACUCUGCGGUGUCCAUGUCGAUGGGCAAUCGGCCGCCAGAAGGCCUCAACGUGAUCAUCCCAAUGGGUGGCAUUGGAUCUCGAUUCCAGAAAGAAGGCUAUCGGUUCCCUAAACCCCUCAUCAAGAUCGUCGGGCGACCCAUGCUGUGCUGGCUCAUUGAGCGACUGAGCCUGACAUCCCAGGAUACACUCUGGCUAGCGGUCAACGAAGAGGUCGAGAACGAAUUCCAGAUCGCAGACCUGGUCCGGAAGUGGUUCCCAAAGAUUGACGCUCGACUUCUGAAGCUCAAUUACCUGACCAGGGGCGCCACAGAGACGCUGUUUAUCGUCACGCAGACAAUGUCUGCCAGUCACCGGCGCCGUCGGACCGUAUCUCUCGACUGCGACACGAUCUACUUCAACGACAUCCUUUCUCAAGUUCGCAAGCUGCCUCAGUCGCACGGGGGCUGUUUCUGCUUCGAGGAUCUCGGGUCGCAGCCGAUCUUCUCCUACAUCCAAGUCGACGAAAAGGAUGUGAUCACGGAUGUCCAGGAGAAGAACGCCAUCUCCACCCACGCGAAUACUGGCGCGUAUGUGUUCCCAUCGGCGGCUGCGCUCAACCAUUGGGCGACCAUCUCCCUGGAUUCCAAGCUCGACGGGGCAACAGACAAGGUUGGAGAAUACUACACCUCGCAGCUCAUCGAAUUGAUGAUCAAGACGGGCGGCGUCCCCUUCUCUGCCCUCCGCCUUGACAACGACGAAUUCAGUUGUGUCGGCACCCCUCGCCAGCUCGACGACUUCCUGGUCAAGAUCUCCCAGAAUGACAGCAACGUCAAACCCAAGCUCCAGCGCUUCUGUUUCGAUCUCGACAUGACUCUCGUAGGCAUGCCCGAGGUUUCUGGCGACUACAGUACCUGCCCACCCCUCUGGGACAACAUCGAGCUGGUACGCUCCCUGCACAAGGCGGGUCACUAUGUCAUCAUCCAGACCGCACGGCGCAUGCGCACGCACAACGGUAACGUCGGUGCUGUCAUUGCCGACAUUGGGCCUGUUACUUUGGCGCAGCUUGCCAAGUAUGAGAUCCCCUACCACGAAGUGGUCUUUGGCAAACCGUAUGCUCACGUUUACGUUGAUGACCUUGCCGUCAAUGCCAACCUGGACACGCGCAAGGAGAUCGGCUGGCUUGGAGUGGACGCCGCCAACGGUGAGACCAAUAAACUUGCCGAGUUGAAGCACGCGAAAAAGGCCGGCAUCGUGCCAUCGCGCGACUUCAACCACGUGCAGAUCCUGGGCGAGCGCGUCAUGAAGAGCUCCAAGUCGCCCAAGCUGCUUGCCGAAAUGUUCUUCUACAGCCACAUUCCGGCCGGGCUGAGCGACCUCUUCCCGAAGCUAUAUUCGGCGAGCUUCUUCGAGGAGACGUCGACAUACAGCUUCACAAUGGAGAAGCUGCAGGGCGUGUCGUACUCGCACCUCGUGACCGCGCGAUCUCUCACCCGCGGCCGACUCCGGCUGAUGUUGGAGGCGCUGUAUCGAGUCCACAGCACACCCACGCAACACAGCACCGCCAGCAACGUCGAUCCGGAGAUCGCAGAUAUGUUCGCUGCCAGCUCUUCGGGUGUCGUCAACAUUUACGCCAACUAUGCGGCCAAGAUGAAGUCGCGCUACACACAACACGUAACCUGCUAUCGCGCAUUGGGUGAUGAACUGACCUCACGGCUGUACAACACGCUGCUCUCGCGUCUGGAAACGUAUGAGACCAACAAAGAGGCGCUGCCAGCGGCACUCAUCCACGGUGAUCCAGUCUUCUCAAACGUCGUAUUGAACGAGAGCGCGCGUAAGGUCUCCUUUUACGAUGUGCGCAGCCAGCAGGGCGACACGCUCACCACCGAAGGCGACAUCUGCUAUGACCUCGCGAAGGUGCUGCAGAGUCUGCAGGGAUACGAUCAUGUGGUGCUGGCGGACCCCGAGACCCUUCGGAAAGCGAGCGCUGGGAACGGCUGGGGUCUAGGAUUCAUGGUCAAGGCGGAAGACAGGCUGUGUCUGCGUGGACUGCAGGAAGUGUUCUGGCAAUUUGUCCAGGUGAAAUACGAGGGGAAGGUGGAGUACCAGACGCUCUUGACGUUGGUGGCGAGUCUGAUGUUCACGCUGAUUCCCCUGCAUCGGGAGGUGGUGCGGCCGAUCUUCUUGCAGAUGUGUGCGAAUGUGCUGGAGCAUGACGUGGGAUUUCCUUUGUAA